UCGUUUCACUUUUGCUUUAUGGGAAAGACAGAUGAAAACACCUAUAAGAUGCCGGAUAAAUGGAAAAAGCCGGGAGAAGAUUGCAUUCCAUGUAGAGUCUCAGGUACAUUGGCGAUGUGGGGGCUCUCUGGGUACUCCUUCUAUCUGAUGAAAACCAAAAGGCCUAUCAAGGUGGCGGAUAAGCGCUUUUAUCUAGUUCUUGGGGUUACAUCGGCUCUACUAGGUAUAUAUCGUGGGUUCUUUUAUU